AGACAGUUUCGUUUUGCAAUCUGAUCUGAUCGAGAAAGAGAGAGAGAGAGAAAGGAUGAGCGGUGUAGGAAAGACGGUAUGCGUAACAGGGGCAUCAGGUUACAUCGCUUCAUGGCUAGUUAAGCUAUUGCUUCACCGCGGUUACACUGUCAGGGCCACCGUUCGCGAUCCCAAUGAUUCAAAGAAAACACAACACUUGCUGAGUCUCGAUGGUGCAAAAGAAAGGCUUCACUUGUUCAAAGCAAACUUGCUGGAAAAUGGCUCAUUUGAUUCUGUAGUGGAAGGGUGUGAAGGUGUUUUUCAUACAGCAUCUCCAUUCUAUCAUGAUGUAAAGGACCCUGAGGCAGAACUAAUUGAACCUGCUGUGAAGGGAACACUUAAUGUCCUUGGUUCUUGUACAAAGAUUCAAUCUCUGAAACGAGUGGUUUUAACCUCCUCCAUUGCUGCAGUUGCAUAUAAUGAAAAACCUCGUACACCUGAGGUUGUAGUUGAUGAAACCUGGUAUUCUAGCCCUGAUCUUUGCAAGAAAAAUAAGAUGUGGUAUGUGCUUUCAAAGACACUAGCAGAGGAUGCUGCCUGGAAGUUUGUAAAUGAGAAGGGUAUUGAUAUGGUCACGAUAAACCCGGCUAUGGUUAUUGGUCCUCUACUUCAGCCUACUCUUAAUACAAGUGCUGCUGCAAUCUUAAAUUUAAUCAAUGGUGCAAAGACAUAUCCAAAUGCUUCAUUUGGGUGGGUUAAUGUGAAAGAUGUGGCAAAUGCGCACAUACAUGCAUACGAGACUCCUUCAGCUAAAGGGAGAUAUUGUUUGGUGGAGCGAGUUAUACAUUUCUCGGAUGUUGUGAAGAUGCUAAGUGAAAUUGAUCCUACAAUUGAACUUCCACAAAAGCCUGCAGAUGACAAUCCAGAUGUGCCUAUUUAUCAGGUAUCAAAGGAAAAGGCAAAAAGCAUAGGCAUUGAUUACAUUCCCAUUGAAGUAAGCCUCAAGGAAACAGUGGAGAGCUUGAAGGAGAAGAAGUUCUUCACUUCUUAAAUCAUCUAAAAUAAAAUGAAAUUGUAAGGAAAACAAUAUGGUAAGUUCGACAAUAACUGUAUCUGGUUUGUUUUUGUUUGGCUUUCGAGAAUCUUGUAAGACAGUUUCUUAAAGCAAAAUAGGGUUUCUGCAGACUAUGAACUUUUUGUUGGAUUUUGUUCAGAAUCUCUCUUGACUUGAAAUUUGUUAUCAUUCUA